AUGGACCCAGGGAAUGAUACACAAAUUUCAGGAAUUCUUCUUCUGGGUUUUUAUGAAGAUCCAGAACGGCAACCCCUAGUAUUUGGCCUUUUCCUCUCCAUGUACCUGAUCACUGUGUUUGGGAACCUACUCAUCAUCUUGGCCACCAUCUCCGACUCCCACCUCUACACACCCAUGUACUUCUUCCUCUCCAACCUGUCCUUCGUAGACAUGUGUUUCAUCUCCACCACCAUCCCAAAGAUGCUGUGGAACAUUCAGACACAAACCAAAGUUAUCACCUAUGAAGGCUGCAUCACCCAGAUGUACUUUUUCACAGUCUUUGUAUGUUUGGAUGGCUUUCUCCUGACUGUGAUGGCCUAUGACCGGUUUGUGGCCAUCUGUCACCCCCUGCACUACACAGUCAUCAUGAAUCCCUGGCUCUGCAUUCUGCUGGUGCUGGUGUCCUGGAUCAUAAGUAUCCUACAUUCCCUUGUGGAAAGUUUAAUGUUACUGAGACUUUCCUUCUGCACAGACUUAGAAAUCCCUCACUUUUUCUGUGAACUCAAGCAGAUGGUCCAAUUUGCCUGUUCGGACAACUUUCUUAAUAAUAUGGUAAUGUAUUUUGCAGCUGGGCUGCUGGGUGGUAUUUCCUUGGUUGGUAUCCUUUACUCUUACUCUAGAAUAGUUUCCUCCAUAGGUGGAAUCUCAUCAUUUGAAGGAAAGUAUAAAGCAUUUUCCACUUGUGCAUCUCACCUCUCUGCUGUCUCCUUAUUUUAUUGUACAUGCUUUGGAGUAUACUUUACCCCUGCUGCUACGCACAGCUCACACUCAAGUGCAGUAGCCUCGGUGAUGUACACUGUGGUCACGCCCAUGUUGAAUCCCUUCAUCUAUAGUUUGAGGAACAAUGACAUAAAGUUUGCUCUCAGAAAAUUAUUUGGGAAGAGUACUAUAAGAAGACCAUUUUUCUUAAGGUGA